UACAACACAAAUUAUCUAAACAGCAAAAGUUUAUUAUUGGAAGCUGGAACUACGAUUGUAUAAUGUCUCAGGAGGCCAGCAAAGGGUUCAUCGCCCCAGACUAUUUGAAUAAGAACUUUUUCAAAAGAAGUCUGGAAAAUGGAUUCGAAAUUGACGAAGUUGAAAUUGCUGAUUUCAAAAUAACAUUGGGAACCCAACCCGGUGAUAAUUAUACGAGUACAAUUUACCGCGCCAGGAUCAUAUACAACCAUUUAAACUCGAAAAAUAACGAAAUAUCCUUAAUUAUAAAAAGUAUUCCAAUAGACGACGCUCGCUCUGUCAUCGAAGAGUUUGGAAUAUUGGAUAAAGAAAUAAAAGUCUACAAGGAACUAUUGCCCAAGCUUUCCAAAAUACUGGGAAAUACUGCAGUAGCACCGAAGUGUUUUGAUAUUUUCACAGAGCCUCACCGCAACUUAGUAUUUCAAGAUAUGAAAGCUCUAGGAUAUGUCACUGCUGAUCGGGUGAUUGGACUGGAUGAGCAGCAUUUGGAGGUAGCCUUGAAGAAAGUCGCCAAAUUUCAUGCUGCAUCCAUUCAACUUCUGAGGGAAGACCCAGCAAUCGAGCAACAUUAUGAUGGAGGAAUUUUCACUGAAACUACAGUCUCAAAUCCGAUCUUUGAAACGGCUUUUAGCAAGAACAUGAAAUUAGGUGCCGAUAUAUUGAGUAAAAUCCCCGGAUACGAACGAUUUAGAGAAAAGCUCAUGAAAAUAUAUGAAAAUUCUGCGAAAAUCGCUUUGAAAAUGGUUGAGCUUGACCCGGAAAAUGAUAUCAAAGUAUUGAAUCACGGUGACUUAUGGAUCAAUAACUUUCUUUUUAAAUACGAUGAACACACAAAACGACCAACAGACAUAGUGUUCGUCGACUACCAAGGAACUUUCUUCAAUAGUCUGGGAAUCGAUUUGAAUUACCUUUUCAUAACGAGUGCCCAGGUGGAUGUACUCAAACGGAAAGUGGAACUAGUUGAAAAAUAUUACUACCCCGUGUUUGUCGACACCCUGAAAAGUUUGCAAAUCGAAUCAAUUCCAACGAUCCAAGAUGUCACAAAGCAGUUGUGGCAGCGGGAAAUGUAUAGCGUAUUUUGUCUUUUUGGCAUUUUGCCAAUAGUAACAAUUAAUCGAGAGGAAUCGAAAACAAAUGAUUUCACCCAAUUUGUUGAUAAGGAGAAAGCUCACCACAAGACGUUGGCGGGAAUGUCCAGUAGACGAUUCAUAGAGACGAUGAAAUAUAUAAUGGAGUAUCUGGAAACCAAAAUUGAUGAAACAAUAAGAAACUACUAAGUUAUUACUUUCCCUCUUAUUACUUGUUGUUUCCGUUCGGCAUGCAUAUGUAUGUGAAAAGUUAAUUGAAAAUGCGUUUAUUAUAAAAUAUUCUGUUGUAAUAAAAGUGUAUUUGGACCAAGAUUUCAGAAAAAAUAUGUGG